UGAGAGUGUGAAUAUAUCUAAAGGGAAAUGAACACAAUUUGUAUGCAAUUAUAACUAUAAUAUUAUUUUUUUUUAAAUCCCAGCAUAUUAGAAAUGGAGGAAGUAUCGAAAAAGAGAAUAAGGUAACAUUAAAGACUUUAAAUAAUGGACAAUGAUGUUGAUGGACUGCAGGCCUCGAGCGAGAUGAGAAAAAGCUGGUGUUUCCUGGGUUCAGUGUUUUGGAGGUGUGUAAACCAUCUGCACGUCAUUACUAACAGCAGGCACUAAGGAUCUCUCCUGGGUGCUGAAGUUGUUUCUCUCUGCUGCUGUGUUUGGAGAGAUAGUUAUAUGGGGCUGCUUUGGUGUACGGAAAACACACAGUAGAGCUGGAGAAAGAAAAGAAAAAUGAGAAAUGCUCAAAAAAAGUCUGAAACUCUGAAGCAAACUUUGGAGGAAAAUGACCUUGAUGACUUUUGGACUUUGCUAAUGCUAUACUUUAGUCUGGCCCCGAAAAUGGUCAUGUAAAAAUCCACCAAUCAUAACGGAUACAAAGAGAGGACAAUGCAACAAUUUCCUCUCCAUUUUGAAGGUGCACUGUUGGACUUAUCCAGCUGUUCAUGGCAUAACAUCUUGAGAAGCAAGCACAGCCUUUCAACACUACCGUUUUUCAACUUGUGGACGAUUCUUGCCGUUUUGACUUUUCCCUGCUGUGUGCAAUGCCUCAUAUUUAAAGUCGGGGUCGUCGGCCCUUGGAAUUGCGACCCUGUCUAUUCCAAAACAUUACCCGCCGUAGCCUCAAAGUUGGCCAUUAGUAGAAUAAACAGGGAUGCCAGUUUGGACCUGGGUUGUACAAUGGACUUUGUGGUUCUCCAAGAACCGUGUGAAACAUCAAAAGCGCUGAUGACGUUUGUGACUUAUGAAAAGGAAGCCGACGCUUUCGUCGGACCUGGAAACCCUGGAUACUGUAAUGCAGCGACGCUCCUGGCCAAGAACUGGGAUAAAGCUAUUUUUUCAUCGGCUUGCAUCAACUAUGAGCUCGAUCGAAUUCAGAGCUAUCCUACGUUCGCCCGGAUCUUGCCCUCACCUACACGAGUGCUUUAUACUGUUUUGAAGUAUUUCAGUUGGGCCAACAUCGGCAUUGUGUCCUCUAACGAGGAUAUAUGGAUCGACACUGCUAUCAAACUAGCCAGCUCUCUCAGGAGUCAAGGACUUCCCAUUGCCAUUGUUGCAUCCACUGGAAAUAAUGACACAGACAUGGAGAAUACACUAAGAAACAUCCAAAAUGCUGGGGAAAUAAAAGUUAUCAUCAUGUGCAUGCAUUCAGUGCUGAUCGGUGGUGAAAAGCAGCUGGAUUUCUUGCUAAAGGCCUAUGACAUGGGAUUAACAAGUGGCAGCUAUGUCUUUAUACCAUAUGACACUCUACUCUACAGUCUGCCCUAUACCAAUAUUUCCUAUUUUGCUAUUCUGAACAACACUAAGCUACGUACGGCGUAUGACGCUGUUCUCACUAUCACAGUAACAUCAGAUCGGAUGUCCUUCAACCAGGCCUUUAAUAAAGCCAAACAACAACAGGAGUUAACCAUUACCCAGGAUGCUCAGCAGGUUUCUCCCCUUUUUGGGACAGUCUACAAUGGCAUUUACCUUCUUGCCAAAGCCAUGCACAACACCAGGAGAGCUGGCCAGUGGUUCUCAGGGACCAACCUGGCCUUCUACACACGGAAUCUGACAUUUCCUGGCUUCAAUCAGAACAUCCAGUUUGGCCCAGAGGGUGAUGGACAGACCAACUAUAUCAUCUUGGACUCGGAUGGCUGGGGGACUGACUUGUAUCUUUGCUAUUUGGUGGAUCUUGGCACAAGCAUGGUGCGCUAUGCUGGAAGAUCCAUUCACUAUCCCAGGGGUUCUCCACCUUCUGCUGACUCCAGCUGCUGGUUCAAUCCUAAAUCUAUCUGCACUGGAGGUGUGGAUGUAAUCUAUGUAGUUAUAGUUUUUGCAAUCGUCAUCGUUUUCAUUGUUGGUGCUAUUGGAAUAAGUCUUCUUAUAAGACGGCGAAUCCAACAACUCCAACUAGUUAGAGGACCCAAUAGGAUCUUGCUUACUCUUGAAGAUCUCAGUUUCAUCAAUCCCCAGCUAAGCAAACGGAAAAUCACCCUGGAGGAAUUCAGUGACUCCAAAAGUGCUGCUGAUGAGAAGAGCGUGCGGUCGGCUGAACACUCAGUAAACAGUUUGGCCACAGCGACUCAUGAGACCUCCAAUGUGGCCGUCUAUGAGGGUGACUGGGUGUGGCUUAAGAAGUUUGAGACUGGACAGUUCAAGGAAGUCAAGCAAAGUACCACCAAAAUAUUUACCAAGAUGAAAGAUCUCAGGAAUGAGAACGUUAACCCAUUUCUUGGGUUUUUCUGUGACUGUGGCAUGUUUGCCGUGGUCACUGAGCAUUGCUCCAGAGGAAGCUUACAGGACCUACUGCGCAACGAUGAUGUCAAACUAGACUGGAUGUUUAAGUCUUCCUUGCUUCUGGACCUCAUCAAGGGAAUGAAAUACCUUCACCAUCGGGAGUUCCCUCAUGGCCGAUUAAAGUCACGCAACUGUGUGGUGGAUGGACGAUUUGUGCUCAAAAUCACAGAUUACGGUUUCAACGAACUCCUCGAAUCCCAGAAAGCUCCAAAGGAGAAACAUGCACCAGAAGAUCUCUUCUGGACAGCUCCUGAACUUCUCAGAGACCCCGAGAACACACGCCGAGGGACGUUUAAAGGUGAUGUAUAUAGCUUUGCCAUAAUACUCCAAGAGGUGGUGGUCCGUGGUGCUCCGUACUGCAUGCUUGGACUACCUCCAGAAGAGAUUAUUAGAAAGGUGAAGAAACCUCCUCCCAUGUGCAGGCCUACAGUGGCUCCAGACCAGGCUCCACUAGAAUGCAUCCAGCUGAUGAAACAGUGUUGGAGUGAACAGCCUGACAGGAGACCGGCCUUUGAUGAAAUAUUCGAUCAGUUCAAGCUUAUAAACAAAGGCAAGAAAACCAACAUCAUAGACUCUAUGCUGCGCAUGCUGGAGCAGUACUCCUCAAACCUUGAAGAUCUAAUUAGGGAGAGGACAGAGGAGUUAGAAAUAGAGAAACAGCGGACAGAGAAACUCCUGGCUGAAAUGCUCCCACCAUCUGUGGCUGAGGCGCUGAAAACAGGUGUUUCUGUGGAGCCUGAGUACUUUGACCAGGUUACCAUCUACUUUAGUGACAUAGUGGGCUUCACAACAAUCUCCUCACUAAGCGAUCCGAUCGAGGUUGUGGACCUCCUCAAUGACCUCUAUACGCUCUUCGAUGCAGUGUUGUGUAACCACGAUGUAUACAAGGUGGAGACCAUUGGAGAUGCCUACAUGGUGGCCUCAGGACUGCCAAAGAGAAAUGGAAAUAAGCAUGCAGCUGAAAUUGCCAACAUGUCCCUGAACAUCCUGAGCUCUGUGGGAUCUUUUAAAAUGCGUCACAUGCCAGAAGUUCCGGUCAGAAUAAGAAUAGGCAUUCACUCAGGGUCAUGUGUUGCUGGAGUCGUGGGUCUUACGAUGCCUAGAUACUGCCUUUUUGGUGAUACAGUCAACACCGCCUCUCGUAUGGAAUCUACGGGAUUGCCUUAUAGAAUUCAUGUGAACAUAACCACUGUGAAGAUUCUCCAGUCACUGAAUGAGGGCUACCAGAUAGAAGUUAGAGGAAAGACAGAGUUAAAGGGUAAAGGAAUCGAAGAAACAUACUGGCUCGUUGGGAAAUCCGAUUUUACAAAGCCUUUACCAAAGCCUCCUGAGAUCAAAGCAGGGGACAACCAUGGUUUGAGUCCUGAAGACAUUGCUGCUUACAAGAAAAAGAAAGCUGAAAAAAAGGCUUGAUUCUCUGAGUCAGAAAGCAAGGAGGGAUAACUGGCAGGAAAUGGUGACGGAAGAGAUCAAGACGAUUUUCCGGAAGGCAAACAGACAAGUGGACAAGCCCAAAAUCUGAACGUGAAACUAAGAAGACACAGGAGGAGAAGUAUGAGUGUGUAUCCGUCUGUGAUCACUGCAGCUUACAGAGA